AUUUCAACAAUGGACAAAAUAAGAAAGUUUUUUUUAAAAUUCUUUUGUUGUAUACCAUCUAAUAUCAAGGAGAACGAAGAAUCACUAGUAGUUACAGCUAGUAAUGUUCAAGAAAACACAGAAGCUGCAAAUAAACCUAAUGAUUCUCCUGAGUGCAAGAAUUGUUCCUCUGUCGUAAGGAACAAAUGCACAAAAGCAACACGCCGGAGAUACUUCAAAGCUCGGGUUAGAGCCGCAGUUGUGGAAAAGAAGAUUUUCUGGGCUGAUUCUAUAGUACCCGACAUCAGAAGAGGCCUGCUCAGAAGGGGAUGGACACAAAAACUAUCCCCCACCUUCAGUGACAAUGCCAUGGCAACCCUAUUCUCUGUUCCAUGCAGAACCGAUUACUAUCAGUCGAGAGUGCAUUAUAAUGUACAGCCCAACUUCGUCUGGACGUACGAUGAUAUUUCCCCAAGGAAUCUAAAUAAUGACCAGAUGUUAAGUGAUUUUAUGGAUCAUCCAUGCUUCGUAUCCAAGGUUGGGAUGUGCACCAGUUUAAAGAAACUGUAUCGGUUUGCUGGUGCAGAUCCGUAUACAUUCUACCCUCGAUGCUACGUCUUGGAGAAGAGAGAAGAGAGGCAAGCAUUCAUUGAUGACUUCAGGAUGACUGCUGCCCGUAGCAUUCUUAAAUGGGUUGUGAGAACCAAUGAACCAGAAACAAGAAGGAUCUACCGUGGUAGAAAUGUUGUUCCAGAAGCUGUUAUAUGGGCGGCCCUUGUGGCUUGCAAGCUGCACCUUAACACCUUGGAACACAGAGACAUUGAUCGCUUAACCAAAGCCAAGGUGGCUGCUCAUUGGAAAAUACUCCUUCGUGACUACUAUCAGGUCAUGCAUCACGGAGCACACAUACAAAAUUCUCAGAAGUAUGUGGAACAGUGCCGCCGUAUGUUACAAAGGCUGGAGCCACUGAUGCCACAGCUCAAUAUAGACGGAGAAAAAAACAUAUGGAUAUUAAAACCAGGAUAUCUAUCUAGAGGCAGAGGCAUACAUUGCAGAAAUCGCCUGGACAGGAUACUUCGGGUAGCGGAACCUGAUUUCGAAUGGGUGGCACAAAAGUACAUUGAGAGGCCACUUCUUGUAUACGGAACCAAAAUCGAUCUCCGUCAGCAUUUCCUUAUAACGGACUGGAACCCCUUAACCAUCUGGUUCUACAAGGACAGUUUCAUCCGUUUCUCGUCACAGCCCUUCACGGUGGAGUGUUUAGACCGCUCCAUCCAUGUGUGCAAUAACGCUAUACAGAGACAUCUAAAGAAUGCAUCAUAUCGGAACCCUCACUUGCCUGAAGAAAACAUGUGGCACAGUGAUGAAUUCCAGUAUUACCUUCGCUCUAUCGGAAAAGAGCAUGUCUGGGAUUCAAUCAUCAUACCAGGGAUGAAGAGAGCUCUUAUCCAUGCUGUGCAGGUUGCCCAGGAUACAAUACGCCCCAGAAAAAACAGCUUCGACCUUUAUGGGGCAGAUUUUAUGUUUGAUAAAAACUUCCAGCCUUGGUUACUGGAGGUCAAUUUUAAACCAGAUAUAAAUAAAGACACGUCCGUGAUGACGGUUCUUAUUCCGCCCAUGAUAGAGAGCUUGCUAUGUGUCUUGAUCGACCGCAAGACUGACCCUGACUGCGACGUGGGAGGAUUUGAACUUAUAUAUAAACAGACAGAAACUGAAACUCCUAAACGUACUAGAAGAUAACUGCAGAUGAAGAGAGUCCCAAUUAAAAAGCCUGCGGGAUUGACAAGCCAAUUAUCUUGAGAACCUAAUACCAAUGCUUUUUAAUCCUAUAAGUAGGGUUGCCACCUUUAGCGGCCGCUAGCACCAGGCGGGGGGAGGAGGGCGUGAUAUCUUGUGUGGAACGGUGAUGGCAUGUGGGUGGGGCUGUGAUGUCGUGUGGCAUUAAUGUCACAGGGCUGUAACGUGGUGUUUAGCAAUUGGUCAAUCGCCAUGUCAAUCUCCUGUCUGGUUUUCCAAAUUGGCGGGCAGGCAGUUUUGGGUCAGGUGGCAACCCUACCUACUGGUAUAUUUUAAUUCUAAAGGUUUUCUGCUUUUUUCAAUUCCAGGCUGAAAAAAAAAAUCCCUAAAUACACAAGGAAAAAGGUGAAAGCGAAGAGAGUCCUAAUUAAAAAGCCUUUGUGAUGGGCAAGCCAAUAAGGACAACGCAGGGCAUCUAAUAAGCUGAUUAUACAAUUACUGCAAAGGGGAGCACCACUACGAUGUCAAAGCCUAAAGGUAAUCAA